AUGCACCUCUUCCUGGCAACACUGGCUCUCGCCCUCGACGUCGUCGCCGCUAAUAUCAACAGCACAGUCGAACUGGGCAUCGAGACAGCUUGUAAAGUAUGUCCGUGGCAGAAGUGUAUAAACACCAAGGUAUAUCCGUACUUCGAUGACGCAACGGAGCAGGACUAUGAUAACGUGACGUUGGUGUGUUGGACGCGCGGGGAGAACGUUGGAGGGGCUGACGGAAAUAAAAGCUUCGAGUGGGAUGAGGAUAAGGACCAAAGUGAACUAAAAUACUGUGGAAGGGAUUCAGAAGAGGAAUUCUACACCACGCAAGACGCAUCUACGAAAUACGAUACGGAAUGCAACAUCAACCCGGCAAUCGACUCAGACACACUAGAAUACCUAGUCCCGGAUAAAGAUCUAACGGCAACCAUCUGGAUCCGAAGCACCUCUCUCUGCUACGCGGCCCAGAAAGGCCUCCAUCACAAUAUCGAUAAAACCUCCCUUGACAACUGCGGGCCCCUUCCGAGCCUAGAAGUCAACCGCACAACCCCCUUCUCGAAACCUCGUCGCGCCGAACCUCUCCCAGAUCGUGCACAACUAUCGAAGUCAAAGCGAAAGCCAAACCCAACGCUACCCCUGCAACCCCGCUACCUAAUCAGCGUAACAGUCGGCGAGGACUACGCAUCCUGCCACGAACAGCCGCGCAUCACCGCACCGGUGAUAAAACAGUAUCCUUGGAUGGAGCAGGUCUUUCUGCAGUGUCUGACGUCGCUGGAUCCAGAUCCUCUGGAUCCGGUUACGGAUGAUACGUGGUGGGAGUUGACGACUGAUUUCUGCUAUGUGAGGAGUGUGGAUUUCUGGGAGAGCCCAGAGGGUGAUUUUUCCGCUGUGUAG